AUGAUGAGUGAGAUCGCGGCGCGCGGCCCCAUAACCUGCGGCAUCUCCGCCCCCGACGACUUCGUGUUCAAGUACCACUCGGGCCGCCAGGGCGGCGUGUACGUCGACAACUCGGGUGCGGGGGCCGCGCCACAGCUGCUGGGGCCGGCCGGGUUCGCGGCGGCGCGGGGCGGAGUUUGGGAGGUGCAGUUCGGGCGACUUGCGGCGGCGGACGCGGCGCGGGGCGUGCGCGCUCCGCUCCUCGCGCGAGCCCGUCGCUGCGACACCGAGAUCGACCACGAUGUUGAGGUGGUGGGGUGGGGCGUGGACGAUCAGAGCGGCCUCAAGUACUGGCUGGUCCGCAACUCCUGGGGCACAUACUGGGGAGAGCUAGGCUUUUUCAAGGUGCAGCGCGGCGCGGGCGGCAACGGCGCGCUUCAGAUCGAGUCGGGAGACUGCUGGUAUGGGGUGCCGGAGCACAGCAUUGAGGACGCGGUGGCGGAUGGUGACCUGGAGGGCUCCAUGUACGGCCUCAAGCUGGGGGCCGCUCUUUGCAAGGCCGGCCUGCAUGCAGCGGGCGGCUCGCCGCACGCCGCGACGACCCCCAACUGGCGCCGCAAGGACAAGGCGCUGCCCACCGACCGCCUGGAGCAGGCCUGGGGCGAGUGGCCGCCCCUGCAGCGCGCGCUGGAGGAGCCUGCGCCCCCCAAGGACGGCGCCGCGGCAGCCGCGCCGCCGCUGGGCCCCGAGGCCGGGCGCUGGUGGGCGGCGCUGGGCGGCGCCGCGCGCGCGCUGGGCUGGGGCGCGGCCGCGGCCGACGGCGCGGUCGCGGCGUCGUGA